GUAAAUAAUCCGGAAAAGAGAGCCGUCGCUGUGUUGGACAUGAGAUAUGAAUGUGACGCUGUGUGAGGGGAUACGAAACCUACCUAACUCGAGGUUAUGGAUAUCAGAUAGACACGUUCUUCCCCACUUAGUGGCCUGAGAUUGGAGUGGAGAUGGAAUCGAGCAAACCCAACAACACCUUGCCCUAUGGGCUGGAUGACUUGGAGGACUACCUCAACCAGCGGGACUCCAAUUCAGUCUGGCUGUUAGUGGCUACCAUCUUGUCCUGCGGAUGGAUCAUCUACCUGACCUACUACAACUCCCGCAACAUUGGCCUCAUCCUCACACUCAUCAUUAACAAGCUGUACAAGAAGGGAUAUAUCCACAUCGGCUCAUUUUCUUUUUCCGUGCUGUCGGGGAAGGUCAUGUUCAGAGAUGUUUACUACAUUGAUGAAGACAUGUCUAUUAGAAUACAAGAUGGCUUCCUCAUAUUCCGCUGGUGGAAAAUGUACAACCCCAAGCAAAAACAACAUGACCCUAAGGCGGAGACGCGUCUGUACGUGACGGUGAAUGGUUUUGAGUUCCACGUGUACAACCGAACGGACCUGUAUGCUCGGCUACAGAAGACCUUUGGCCUGGAGCCCACUCUCAUCCCCCCCAACAGAGAUGAGGAGAAGGGCAGAGAGGAGCUGGACAAGCCUCUGGACAGUGUCAACAUCCAAGCUGAAGCACAGGACCCUUCAUCAUCCUGGAGGUCUCUCAUCCCCGUGGUCAAAUUCAACAUCAGCACAGGACGCGUUGCGUUUGGGAACCACCACCUGCCACAGACCCUGUGCGUGAACUUUGAUGACGCUUUCCUCACGUACACCACCAAGCCUCCCAGCAGCCACCUGGACCAGUUCAUGCACAUCGUCAAAGGCUCCCUGGAGAACGUGCGCGUCAUGCUGGUGCCCAGCCCACGCUACCUGGGCCUGCAGAACGACGAGCCACCGCGACUCAUGGGAGAAGGCUUUGUAGUCUUGCAGUCUAACGACGUGGACAUCUAUUAUUACCAGGAUGAACCAGGGUUGGUUCCUGAGGAGCAGGACUCAGACGUGUGUUCUGAGGGAACCCAGCUUCAGGACCUCCCUCCCUGCUGGGGUCUGGACAUCGUCUGUGGGAAAGGAACAGACUUCAACUACGGACCAUGGGCUGACAGACAGAGGGACUCGUUGUGGAAGUUCUUCCUGCCAGCUGACUACCAGGCAAUGAAAGUAAGCGAGGUGGCCACGCCAGGGAAGCCACGGCAGAUCCUGGCCUUCGAGCUGCGCAUGAACAUCAUCGCAGACGCCACCAUCGACCUGCUCUUCACCAAAAACAGGGAGACCAAUGCUAUCCAUGUGAAUGUGGGAGCCGGCUCAUACCUGGAAGUGAACAUCCCCAUGACUGUUGGAGAAGAUGGUUACUCGCCCAUUAUUAAGGGACAGCUGUUGCACGUGGACACCACCAGCAGUAUGCAAUACAGAACUCUGCUGGAGGCCGAGAUACUCCUGUUUAAUGUGAAGGCCAGUUACCCGCGUGUGUGGAACAUGCCACAGUCCUGGCAGUGUGAGAUCGAGGUCUAUAAAGCCACCUACCACUUCAUCUGGGCACAGAAGAACUUCUUCUCGGAUCUCAUCCAGGAUUGGGCCAGUGACAGUGAGCCUGACAUCUACUCGUUCGUUCCGUACUCCUGGACGUUUAAGGUCCUCUUCCACCAGUUUGAGAUGAUCUGGGCGGCCAAUCAGCACAACUGGAUUGACUGCUCCACCAAACAGCAGGAAAACGUCUAUCUGGCUGCAUGUGGAGAAACCCUAACUAUUGACUUCACUCUCCCCUUCAAUGAGUUUGUCCCCACCACAUGCAACACCUGCUUCCGCCUUAAGUCGGAGGACACAGACAUGCGUCUGUCUCUGCCGGACUGCCACCCCAGCCGCUAUUCCCUGCUCACGCUGGCCAAUGACUACCAGGCCACUCGCACCCCCGACAACUCCAUGCCCCCGGAGGGACACCAGGGGGCGCCACCCAAAACAAGCAAAGCCCGCUGGAGGAACAUCACACAGCCCGAGGCUGGCUGGGUGGACUGCUGGAGCGUCCCAAACUUCCUGCUCAUCAUCGACUACACCUGGCAUCCCAUUUACCCUCAGAAAGCCGACCAGCAGCUCAAGCAGUCUCUGUCGGAGAUGGAGGAGUCCAUGCUCUCAGCUCUGAGGCCACCAGAGCAGGUCCCUCCAGCGCCCCCUCCCCCACGGAUGACCUCUGACCCCAGUGAGCUGCCUCCUGAUAAGCUGCAUGUGGAGAUGGAGCUGAGUCCUGAGUCACACAUCACUCUCUACGGCCCACUGCUGCAGGCACUGAUCUCUAUAAAGGAGAACUACUUUGGCGAGGACGACAUGUACACCGAUUUUGAGGAGUGUGGGUCCAGCCCCGUGCUAAGCUCAUGUUCGUCAUCGUUGGGGUGGACGGGGGCCGUGGAGGAGAAGGAGACGCCCCAUCCACUCUCCCUCAGACCCUGGGACAUCACCGUCCUCAUCAACCUGCACAGGGUGCACGGACACCUACCCAUACACUGCAGCAGUGAUGGGCCUGAGGGUCCAGCUGGCUUUAUGGAGCGCCUCUGCUUUGAGAUGAAGAAGACCUACAAGGAGACUUUUCUGCAGCUGGUCCUCUCACCACUACAUGUUUUUGUCAGUGACAACUACCAGCGCCCCUCUGUGGACGGUGUGCUGCGUGACGGGCACCUGAGUCUGUCGGGCCUGCAGAUGCGCGCCCACGCCAUGUUCUCCGCCGAGGGCCUGCCCGCAGGCAGCGACACACUGGAGUACGCCUGGCUCAUCGACAUGCAGGCCGGAGCCCUCACUGGGAGAGUCACCCUGCCACAGUGUGCCUCUUUACUGGAAUGGGGCGAGGCGUUUGUGUUCCAUGUGAUGUCACGGGAGUUCCAGCUGGAGCAGCCAAAGCCAUCGGUCACCUGCCAACACGGAGUGGACCGCAGAGUGUGUGACGCCAAGUCAGCAACCCUGCCUGGUCCAUGUCGAACAUCUGAGGACCUGAAGUACACCAUGACCCGCCUGUCUAUGGAUGGUGUGCAGCUCUUCAUUGUGGAGCAUGGCUGUGCUGCCAACAUAAAGACGGGCGCUGUGCGUGUGGCCACCUGUAACCUGCACACGGCCACAGUGGGGGAGGGCAUCAGCGCCGCCCUGCACGAGGUGGUCAUCAGCCAGUUCAUCGAGCAGCAGGAGGGGGCGCGCCUGGGCCUGCCCCCGCCUCUUCUGCGCCGCUCCCAUUGGCUGGAGGCCGGCUCCGUUACCUUUAACCUGGUGACGGCCGACAUCGCGCUGGCUGCUGACCACCCUGCCAAGUAUGAAGUGCAGAAGAGCUUCCUGGAGCUGCACGACGCGUAUACCAAAAGGUUAUAUUUCCUGUGGCCUGAUGAGAAGUUCAAGCGCACCAGGACUCGCUGUGGCUGUCUGGGCGGCUGCCGCUUCUUCGCCGGCUCCUCGGGCGGUGUGGACUUCUUCCGCCUGGACGAGAUGACUCCCUCCUCGAGCUCCGCCUUCUCCUGCACCAGCGCCGAGAGUGACAUGUGCUACGGCCAAUCACUGCUGCACCCUGGAGAGCUGAUCGUCACAAAGGAGACUCCUAAGCUUUCAGAGGGUAAGAGUAUUGGUAUCCAUAGAGACACCUGUUCUCCUGCCCCAUUGGUGAAUGGCGAGAGGCAGAGCCAACAGCUCCUGAGCCUGCAGGUGCCCCAGCGUUCUCAUAGUUCCGCCUCUUCCUCAGAGGAAAACUCCUCCUCCAGUGCUGCUCUGCCCCUAUUGGCUGGAGAAAGAGAUAGCCCCACCCCCAGUACAGAGAUCAUGGGGUCACCCCCCGAGCCCCUGGCCACCGACGGGCCUCCUCUCCGCUCACCGCUGCGCUCGCCGCUCACGCGCCAGUCAUCCGUCCAGUCGGCACGGCUGGGCAGCACCAAGAGCCUGUCGGCGGCCGUGUUCGCCGAGAAGGCGGCGGCGUCGUCGGGCGUGCAGUUCAGCAGCGAGGUGUCGCGCAGCGACGAGAACGUGCUGGACUCGCCGCGCCAGCGCCGCAGCUACGGCUCCUUCCCCUUCACGCCGUCGGCCGACUCCAGCACCUUCCACCAGUACCGCUCGGUGGACUCGUCCAUGUCGGUGGCCGACAGCGAGGCCUACUUCUCGGCCAACGAGGAGUUCGAGCCCAUCAGCAGCGACGAGGGGCCCGGCACGUACCCGGGCCGCAAGCGACGGCGCCGGCAGCAGCAGUGUCCGCCACCGUGCAUGUCGGAGGUGCAGAGCCGCACGUCCAUCUACCACAGCGUGGAGGGCCCGCUGUCCGUCGCCUCAGACCCGCGGCCACUGCCGCUGCCCAGCCACACUUCGCAGGCGUCCUUCGUCUCGGCGCUCGCGCUCGAGGAGGAGGCGGUCUCCGUGGAGACAGAGCGCGGCGAACAGGGGCUGCUCACCACCCAGCCCCACCUCAUGGCGUGUUACCAAAGCUACCUGGCGCACUACCACGUUGCCAACUGGUCCGUCAAGCAGCCCACCAAUAAGAGGACCUCAAAGUCGUCGCUGCACCGCCCCUUGGAUCUGGACACUCCCACCAGCGAGGAGAGCUCAGCCUCUUUUGAUCAACUGUCCAUACCCUCCUUUAAGAUGGUGAAAGCUGGUCUCUCUGCCAGUUCAUUAUUGGACAGAGGAGUGCAGCUGAUGGGCGACUGCAGCAGUACUCCUUACACACCUCUGGACAAGCGGGCGAUGGACAACACAGACGAGGAGACCACCACAGAGGACUGGACGGUGGACCAGCCCCUGGCCCAGACCAGGACCACCGCCAUCGUGGAGGUCAAAGGAGCCGUUAAUGUGGUCCUCACCCCUCUUGUGGCAGAGGCGCUGGACAGGUAUAUUGAGUCCAUGGUGCACUAUGCAAGUAUUCGCCACCCAGCCUCUAUUCUGGACGACCUUCAUGGAAGGGUGCUGAACGAGGCUUACCAGUUCAGCAAGUCUACUGUUGCAGACACUACCCAGCAGAAACCUGAGCACAAGCUGUCUAAGACCGAGACUCCAGCUUCAAUGACCACUACCCACGGCCAGACAGACCUGUCAGUCAAACCAGACAAUGUGAAAAUCAAGGGCCUCCAAGCCAAUGUCACUAUUCCCAAGGUGAAUCUGUGUGUGCUUCAGGCGUCUGUAGAGGAGGGCUCCCCCACUAAUAAGAGCUUCACACACGUGUCUCUGGUGGCCCUCUGCUUCGACAGAAUCGGAACUCAAUUCCGCAUGAACAGGGGUAUCGUGGAGGACACAGAAAAGACGUUGGUGAUGAUGGAGAAGUUCUCCUCCAAGAUGGCUCCCCAGUCGAGUGGCUCCUUGCGCUCCAACGCUGGUGUGGAAAAGGGCAAAGAGAUCGCCGCUCGCCUCAACGUCCACAGGAUACACGGCCAGCUGCGUGGCCUGAACUCGUCAGAUCUAGGAGCCUGUGCCAUCACUGCCAUUCCAUUUGAGAAGUCCAAAGUGCUGUUCAGCCUGGAGGAGACGGACGACUUCGCCCUGGUGGACGAGACGGAGCCCCCCAUCACCACGGAGCACGUGACUGACCAGACCCCUGAGCACGCGCGGGCCGGAGCCCAGGAGAAGUGGGGCUGGAUCAUGUUUGAGUGCGGCAUCGAGAACCUCACCGUCAAGGGUGGUCGUCAGUCUGGUGCCAUCCUCUACAGUGCGUUUGGGGUGAUGGGUGGGAAUGACGGCUGUGUGAAAGGCGGCGCCUCCAAGUCCAACGGUUCCAGCGGAUCCCAGACUGGCAGCGGCUACAGCACAGACGUCUCCGACGACAACCUGCCCAACGACGCCCAGAGCCCCUCAGAACCCAACAUCAACUCCGACUCAGACGAGCAGGAUGAAGGGGUGGAGUCUGAUGACCUGAAGAAGGACCUCCCCCUGUUGCCCCCGCCCCCUGACUCCAGCAGUAUGAAGCUGACCAUUAAAGAGAUCUGGUUCAGCUUCGCUGCCCCCACCAACGUGCACUCCCCAGCGCAAGCCAGGCAGCUGAAUCUCCUGAGCACAGCGACUCCAGCCGUUGGGGCCUGGCUGGUUCCUAUUGACCAGCUGAAGUCCUCCCUGCAGAAGCUGGAGAUGGAGACCACCCUCCGCGUGUGUGCUGUCAUGGGCUGCAUCAUGACCGAGGCUCUGGAGAAAAAGAGCAUCCACAUCCCGUUCCGCAGCAAGUAUAACCGCGUGACCAAGCGCUCUCGGUUCUUGCAUGAGGACCCGUCCUGUCUGCUGUGCAACAUCCUGCACAGAUACCUGCAGCAGGCCGACUACACCAUCAUAGAGGACGCCACCAUGAAUGAUGGUCUGCCUGCUCUGGUGACCCUGAAGAAAGGUUUGGUGGCGCUGGCACGUCAGUGGAUGAAGUUCAUUGUGGUGACACAGGGCUUUAAGGCGAUUGGUCCCAUUCGACCCAAUCAGUUGCCGAAGCCCAAGGAGCCCGCCCCUUUCCCCCCAGAGCCCACCCUCGGGCCUGACUGUAUCAACAUACAGAGUGAUACCAGCGCGGAUGGCGCCGAGUUUGAGUUUGACGCAGGUGCAGUGAGUGAGCACACAAUGCUGUUGGAAGGUGUGUGUAGUCGUCCAGCCCAGACAGGAAACUCUGCCCCUGUGAGCGGUGUGGAGAUCAUGAGGAAACUCUCCAAAUCUCACACACACAGCGAGUCAGCCCUUAGGAUUAAGGGCUCACACCCGUACCAGUCUCUGAGCUACACCAGCGGUGACACGGCCGCUGACUCUCCCGCCCACGUCAGCCGGACAGGCCUGCCGUCCAAUCACAGUCCUCGGAAGGAGUCGCUCCUCAGCUACCUGACGGGAAGCUUCCCCAGUCUACACAACCUGCUGGAGGCCACACCCCCACGCGUCAACGAGGCCACCACCGCCAAGAGCAGCUCGCUCACACGCACCGGUAACAGUGUGGGCGCUGACGUGUUGACAGAGCACCCUCUGCUGUCGGAGCCCUCUCCGGUCAGCUUCUACAACUGGAUGUCCAACGCCGUAGGCAACCGCACCGGGGGCAAUGUCCAGGAGUCUCCCCUCAACCGCUCCCAACACAACAGCCUGCAGACAGGAGGAGUCCUCCCCACCAUCCCUUCGGCGUCAGACUUUAACACGGUGUUGUCCAGUGACCAGAACACACUGGACACCCACUCCCAGCACACGCACACACACUCCCAGCACAGCACCAGCCAGGAAGACCUGCUGGAGGUGGAUGAGAUCAACCAGUGUCCUGCUGCAGUACAGCUCGCUGAUGCGCAGGUUGUGUUUAAGCCACUGCUGAGCCACACAGGCAUCCAGCCGCAGGACGCUCCUCCCUUCAGCUAUAAGAUGUACUUUGGGGAGCACCUGUCCUUUAGCGGCACCCUGGAGUGCCUCAGGGCCGACAUCGUGGACUCCGACACCAGCAAGGACCGCAAGAACAAACGCGCUCGCAGGCAGGGUAUGGUGAACCUGCCUCCGCUGGAGUUCAAGCCGGCGCUGAUGAUCGAGACGUUCAGCCUGAACGCUGUGGUGCUGGAGAAGUGCAUGUCGUCGGCGGCGCCGGCCGGCCUCUCGUCCUUCCACGAGCUGAGCCGCCGGCCGCACGCCAGCGUCCACUGCCACUUUACGCUGGCAUGCCAGGCCAUCCGCCAGCACGUGGACAUGGCCCUGGUGCGCCUGGUGCAUCAGUUCAGCACCAUGAUCGACCAGAUCAAGGCCACGCAGACUGACAUCAAGCUGAGCCGCUACACGGCUGGCUCGGCCUCGCCCACGCCCACCUUCAAGGCGCGUCCGUACCGCCAGUUCCGGUCGUCCGACUUCAGCCGCAGUAGCCGCGGGAGCCUCAACGGCACCGUCCAGCGCCACGCGGGGCAGAAGGGCAAGCGCUCGGGCACUACCGCGUCCGGGGCGGGCGCAGGCGUCGGAGGGGGCAUGGGCGGAGUGUCCGGCGGAGGGGUGAGCUCCAGCUCGGGCAUCCCCGGGCUGGACACGCUGCCGCGGGCCAGAGCCAGGCGGAGCGGCGGAACCUUCAGGCCCGCCGGGCGCCCUCGAUCAAAGGUGUCAUGGCGAAAGACUCGUAGCGGCGUGGCCGACCACAUGACCAUCCAGAUGGACGACUCGGACUCCAUCACGGUGUCGGAGCAGAGCGAGCCGUCGGCCGAGUGCUGGCAAAACAUGUACAAGCUGCUCAACUUCUACUCGCUCAUAUCGGACCCCACGGGCAUCCUGGACAAGGAGUCCCCCGAGAACGGCCUGUUAGAGGGUGGACGAAGCCCCACGGAUCCUCCGUGCCGAUUGGUGAUCGAGUCGGAGGGUGAGUCCCCGCCCAGUCGGCCGGGUCGCAGGCGGAGCCUGGGCGGCAGCGAGCCGCACCACGUGACCCUGAUCGUGUUCGGCGUUGGCAUGGUGAACCGCACGCACCUGGAGGCUGACAUCGGCGGCCUCACCAUGGAGGCAGAGCUCAAGAAGAUCCACGGCAGCUUCACGCUCAAGGAGAAGAUGAAGGAUAUCCUGCACCAGAAGAUGACGGAGACCUGUGCGUCAUCUCACAUCGGCGGCGUGAACAUCGUCCUGCUAGAGGGCAUCACUCCAGACAUCCAAUUGGAGGACUUCCCCACCUCUCCUACCAGCACAGCCAAGCAGGAGUUUUUGACGGUGGUGAAGUGUAACAUUGCCAAGUCGCAGGCUCUGUACAGCGCGCAGCGGGGCCUGAAGACCAACAACGCGGCCGUGUGCAAGGUGGGCGCCAUCCUCAUCAACAUCCCCCAGCACCCGGCCACGCUGCACAGCAUGAUGGUGCGCAUCUCCCACCAGCUCUCCAAGCAGAUCUCUGACCUCAUCCGACAGCCCUCCGCUACCCCGCCCCCGAACCGAGAUGACACUCCGACCCCGCAGCCGUCGGACAAGGCAUCGAGUAUCAACCAGACGCCGGUGGAGGCCAACGAGUUCCCCCAGCUGCCCGAGGGCCUGGAGAAGAAGCCCAUCGUGCUCAAGUUCAGCGCCAUGCUGGACGGCAUCACCAUCGGCGCCGCGCUGCUGCCCUCGCUCAAGGCCGAGUACAAGAUGGGCCGCAUGAAGAGCCAUGGCAUGACCGGUGCCCAGACCAGGUUCACGUUCGAGCUGCCCAACCACAAGCUGUGCUUCCAGUCCAAGGUGCCGCCGGUGGACGUGUCCGCCAUGCCGCCCUCUGCCAGCCUAACGCUGCCGCCAGUCACCAUGUCUGGCGAGUACAUCAUCCAGGAGCACGAGGGCCACACCGAGCACAUCUGGGCCCCUGAGGAGAUGCCCACUAAGCACGGCAACUACCUGCAGGGCAACUACCUGCGCUGCGUCGCUGAGAUUGGGUCCUUUGAACACAACCUGACCACAGACCUGCUGAAUCACCUGGUCUUCCUGCAGAGGGUCUUCAUGAAGGAGGUCAAUGAGGUCAUCCAGAAAGUCUCAGGAGGGGAGCAGCCAAUCCCACUGUGGAAUGAACAUGAUGUGUCCACCGAUGGAGAUAAGCCCAAAAUCUUGCUAUACUCUGUCAACCUUAUGUUCAAGGGGAUCCAGGUGACCGCAACCACACCCUCCAUGCGUGCCGUGCGCUUUGAGACCGGCUUGAUUGAGCUUGAGCUGUCCAAUCGGAUUCAGUGCAAGUCCACUCCCACAGGAAGCAGCUACCUUAAGCUGUUUGGGAAAUGCCAGGUGGAUCUGCACCUCGCUCUAGGACAGAUCGUCAAGCACCAGGUCUAUGAAGAGGCGGGCUCCGACUUCCACCAUGUGGCAUAUUUCCGCACUCGGAUUGGCUUGCGGAACGCCCUGCAGGAAGAGAUCAGUGGCUGCUCAGACAAAGAGGCCGUGCUCAUCACACUAAACCGACCAAUCAUCUUUGCCCACCCUGUGGCUUUUGACAGAGGUACAUUCAGACCAUGAAUGCUGUUCUGGCUGAACUACAAGGCGGCGUAUGAUAACUGGAAGUCUGAGAGUCUGAAGCUGCACUCGGACAUCCAUGUGGCCACUAAAGAGGUAGUGGACAAGCUGCCAGCCAUCCAGCAGACCAGUGUCCAGGCCUUCAGCACCCUCUUCCUGCAGCUCACCGUCAACGACCUGGGCAUCUGCCUGCCCAUCACCAAUAGCACACCGGCCAAUCACAGUAUUGAUUUUGACACCGGCUCAGCCCUGGUGUUGACCAUUGAGAGCACACUGAUCACUGCUUGCUCGUCCGAGUCCCUGGUGAGCAAAGGCCACUUUAAGAACUUCUGCAUCCGAUUCGCCGAGGGAUUCGAGACCUCCUGGGACGACUGGAAACCAGAACUCCGCGGUGACAUGGUGAUGAAUGCCUGUGUUGUUCCUGAUGGCACAUAUGAGGUCUGCUCCAAGACCACUGGAGCGCCAGCUGCAGACAGCAACAGUGCAGGGAAGUGGACUCUGAACGUCCUGUGGAAGAUGUGCGGUAUCGACGUGCACAUGGACCCCAACAUUGGCAAGCGCCUGAACGCGCUGGGCAUCACGCUCACCUCGCUGACCGGUGAAGAGGACCCGGACGACAUCGCCGACCUCAACUCCGUCAACAUGGCUGACCUGUCUGACGAGGACGAGAGCGACGGGAUGUCUCCCACCGUGCACAUGGAGCCCAUUGACCCAAGAAGACAGGUGAUUAUGGGUAAUCAGAUCAUUGACCCUCGAGGGAGGAAGUUCACAAAGAGGCUGGUGGACAUCAGGGAGCUCAACGAACAAGCCAAGGUCAUCGAUGACCUCAAGAAACUGGGGGCGAGUGAGGGAACCAUAAACCAGGAGAUCCAGAGGUACCAGCAGCUGGAGUCGGUGGCGGUCAACGACAUCCGUCGGGACGUCCGCAAGAAGCUGCGGCGCUCCAGCAUGAGGGCUGCGUCCCUGAAGGAUAAGUGGGGCCUGGGCUACAAACCCAGCUACAACAACAGAUCCAAGAGCAUCUCGGCAGCAGGCAACCGGCCUGCUUUGAAGAGGAUGGAGAGACAGAGCUCCAGACUGGGAGAAGUGGAUGACUUGCCUGACAUUCGAGUCGAUGCAGCAUCACCUGGACCACGCGUUACAUUUAAUAUUGACACGAUGGGAGAUGUACCUUUGGACACUCCAAUUCCUGUGAGUCAGGCUGACUUAAUCUUCAAGUUCCCGGAGGAGACAGAGGUGGACCUGUUGUCCGCUGCCAUCGACGACUCGCCUCAUCCUUUCCCAUCAUGCUCAGUGUUCAGUGCUCCAGGCACGCCCGCCGCCUUCUCAUCCAGCCUUCCCUUCCAGCACGACGACAGUCGCCGCGACGACCUCUCCUCCUCUUCCUCGGAGGACUCGGACAAGGAGGACGAGUACAUCCGUGAGAGGCAGAUGAGCUACUACCCACGACCCAGUACGUCCCACAGGAAGGCGUCUGGCUUCGCGGCUCUGUUCGGGGCGGCCACACCAUCCUCCACGUCCCAGCGUGGCAUCACGGCGCCGGCCACCGAGCGCAACAUCGACUUUGAGCUGGACGUGCGCGUGGAGAUCGACAGCGGCAAGUGCGUGCUGCACCCCACCACCCAGCAGCCGGAGCACGACGAGAUCGCCCUGCGAAGGAGUUGUGAGCGCAGUUCGCGCUCUCUGGACCAGGAGUCUCCCCCUAAGCGGCGUAAGCUGCACCCCAGCUUCACCUCCACGUCCCAGCUGCUGAACAAGCGCAUGCCCUCCUCCCUGCAGAGCAAGUCCUCCGACAUGGAGACCACCGUCUUCUACAUCCCCGGUGUCGACGUCAAGCUCCACUAUAACUCCAAGACGCUGAAGACCGAGUCGCCCAACGCAUCUCGUGGAUCCUCACUGCCCCGGACCCUGUCCAAAGAGUCCAAGCUGUUUGGUAUGAGAGACCUGCCUAGACAUCCCCAGCCCCCUGCUGCCCUAGGCAGGACUAACACUCUCCACCCUCCCCCUCCCCCUCCUCUACCCUCAGGCAACACUAAAGGCAAAGCCAGUGUAGGGGUGAAGGCGGCGAAGCUGUAUGCAUGGGUGGCCCUGCAGACCCUCCCGGAGGAAAUGGUCAUCAGCCCCUGUCUGCUGGACUUCCUGGAGAAAGCUCUAGAAACCAUCCCCAUUACUCCCAUUGACAGGAACUACACAGCUGUAAGUGCUCCAGAAGAAGACGUGGGCCAGUUUGACUCGGUGGAUCCUCUGGAGGAGUCUCAGGUGUCUCUGGUCUCCUCUGCCACCUCCCCGUACUCCUCCUUCCCUGUGGAUGUGGUCGUUUACGUCAGAGUGCAGCCCUCGCAAAUCAGGUUCAGCUGUCUACCCAUGUCUCGAGUGGAGUGCAUGCUGAAGCUCCCGUCUCUGGACCUGGUGUUCUCGUCCAACCGCGGCGAGCUGGAGCCGCCCAGCACCGCUCACCCCAGCGAGCCCCAGCACACGCCCUCCUCCACACCUCCGUCAGUCCACAACGCCAACAGGGUGCCAGGGGGCAAAGCACCAGCACCAGCACCACCAGGCGCGUCACCAUCCCUGGGUAGUCCUCUGGGGCGGAGCCGGCACAGCAGCAGCCAAUCAGAUCUCACAGGUCCGCCCACCAACUCCUCGGGGCUCAGUUUCACAGCGUGCAUGUCGGACUUCUCCCUCUACGUGUUCCAUCCCUACGGAGCUGGAAAGCAGAAGUCCGCCGUCACAGGGAUGGCCCCAGGGCCCAGUCCGCUGGGCGCAGUUGACGAAGAGGCCUCCUCAGUGACUGGCAGAAAGGAUUCCCUGUCGAUCAAUCUGGAAUUUGUGAAGGUCAGCCUAUCACGGAUGAGGCGUGCAGGAUCUCCCGCCUUCAUUGACACUUUCAUCAACAGCAAAGGUGGCAAAUUGGACACCACCCUCAUCAACAUCUCAGCGGUGUGUGACAUCGGCUCUGCGUCGUUUAAGUAUGACAUGCGGCGUCUGAGUGAGAUCCUUGCCUUUCCAAGAGCCUGGUACCGCCGAAGCAUCGCUCGACGACUGUUUUUAGGAGACCAAACUAUAAACGUACCGCCCUCGGGUCCAGCCACCCCUGACUCGGUGGAGAGCAUGGCCCAGCACCUGUCCCCUGAGUCCAGCAGGAAGGCCUACUGGAGGACAUGGGAUGGCCAGAACACACACAGCAACGUGUUUAACGACUCCACGCCCUCACACACACACCUCAAGUCCCCCGCCACGGGUCGCACGCGCAGCGUUUCUGACUCCUCAGCACCACGCAGAGACUCUGUGAGUAAAACGUCCACCCCCUCGUUCCGGAACGCUAAGGCUGCAGGGCAGCAGGGCUCUCCCUGGGAGACGCUGGUGGUGUUCGCCAUCAACCUGAAGCAGCUCAAUGUCCAGAUGAACAUGAGCAACGUCAUGGGCAACAACACUUGGACGACGAGCGGUCUGAAGAGCCAGGGCCGUUUGUCAGUGGGCAGCAACAGGGACCGGGAGAUCAGUAUGUCCGUGGGACUCGGCCGCUCCAAACUGGACUCCAAGGGCGGAGUGGUGGGUGGAAACAUCGACGUCAACACCCUGGAGAUGGUCUCCCACAUUUCGGAGCACCCCAACCAGCAGCCGAGCCACAAGAUCCAGAUCACCAUGGGCUCCACGGAGGCGCGUCUGGACUACAUGGGCUCCAGCAUCCUCAUGGGCAUCUUCAGCAACGCCGACCUGAAGCUGCAGGACGAGUGGAAGGUCAACCUCUGCCCCUCAGAGGCCAGCCUAUCAGAGAAGAGUGAGAUCUUCGUCCAUGGCGACCUACAGUGGGACAUCUUCCAGGUGAUCAUCUCGCGCUCCACCACCCCCGACCUGAUCAAGAUCGGCAUGAAGCUGCAGGAGUUCUUCACGCAGCAGUUUGACACCAGCAAGCGCGCCCUCUCCACCUGGGGCCCCGUGCCCUACAUACCCCCUAAAACCCCCGUCAUCAGUGUCGACAAGGGUGCCACCGAAUAUCUGGAUGCGGCCCAUCACAGGCACUGGCCCGGUGUGCUGAAGGUCAUCGCUGGCUGCCACAUCUCCCUCUUCCAGAUGCCCCUCCCCGAGGACGCAGUGCAGCUGGGCGGCUCCAUGAGUCUCCACGGCAACCACAUGACACUGGCCUGCUUCCACGGGCCCAACUUCCGCUCCAAGUCCUGGGUGCUGUUCCACCUGGAGGAGCCCAACAUCGCCUUCUGGACAGAGGCCCAGAAGGUCUCGGAGGACGGGUCUGACUCAACCUACGUCGUUCAGACUCUGGACUUCCACUUGGGUCACAACACCAUGGUAACCAAGCCUUGCGGAGCUCUCGAGAGUCCCAUGGCAACCAUCACUAAGAUAACACGGCGGCGGCAUGAGAACCCUCCUCAUGGUGUGGCUACGGUCAAAGAGUGGUUUAACUACGUCACCGCCAUGAGAAACGAAGAGCUGAACCUGUUGAGAAAUGUGGACGCUAACAAUUCCGAGAGUGGAUCGGUGGCCAAGAGCUCCAGCCUGCUGAGCAGCUUCAGAGGCUCCUCCAGCUACAACCACGAGACCGAGACCAUCUUCGCCCUUCCCAGAAUGCAGCUGGACUUCAAGUCGAUCCACGAGCAGGACCCAGAGGAACCAUCACUGACAGAUGCCAGCAGCAAGCCGAAGGUGGAGUGCAGCGUGGUCACGGAGUUCACCGACCACAUCUGUGUGACCAUGGACGCGGAACUCAUCAUGUUCCUCCAUGACCUGGUGUCGGCCUACCUGAAGGAGAAAGAGAAAGCCUUGUUUGCCCCACGGAUCUCAGCGUCCCGCCCUGGCCAGAAGGGCCCCACGGUGUCUCAUGAUUGGCAUGGGAUAACAGAGAUGCCCUGGUGA